AUGGAUCUCACCCCUCCGCCCGGUAUAGAUCUCACUGAGUCGCAUCAGUCCGAUCUGUACGCAAAAUAUUCAGCCACUUAUGGUCUAGCUGUCAUUGCAGUGAUACUGCGCUUGCUAUGUCGACUAAAGGUUUCCAAUACCAGCUUAUGGUGGGAUGACUAUAUCAUGUGUGUUGCACUGGUGUUUGCCACAGGCAACUUUAUCGACAUGAUAAUCUGGAUUCACCGAGGUGUCGGGACACAUAUCUAUCCCUUAGGACGGACUGGCGUCUCGCACUUUUAUAUUAACCUAUUCGUCUGCGAGAUCCUCUACACGCUGUCUCUCUGCUUCACCAAAUACUCCAUCUUACUACUAUUCUGGCGCAUUUUCAAUCGCACCAACAUUCGCAUCCCGAUAUAUAUAAUUGCAUCUGUGGUCACAGGCUGGGGACUCGGUGUACUAAUGGAUAUUCCACAGAUCCUAACAACAGUCUUGCAAUGUGUGCCCAUUCAAGGACUAUGGGAUUACUCCAUCAAGUCCCAUUGUGGUGUGAACAUCAACCAAUUUUUCAUCGGCAAUGCAGUCCCAAAUAUCAUCACUGAUUGGGCGCUGUUAAUUCUUCCCAUGCCGUAUGUUUGGAAGAUCCAUCGAAAUACUCCUCAAAAGGUCGCACUAUGUGGAGCGUUUGCAAUGGGAGGAUUCAUCUGCAUCAUCUCAAUCAUUCGACUAGUGGUAAUGUUAGACUCAUACAAAACACCGUCCGUCGACGUAACGUGGGUGUUCAUCGGCCCCUCCACUUGGACGGCCGUGGAGACUAAUAUUGGCAUUGUAUCCGCUUGUCUACCCUCUCUCGGACCUCUAGUACGGUUAAUCACUCGGAAAGCGGGUCGUAAGGAGACCACCGACGAUGACACGCAUAAGCUAUCCAACUGGUAUGGAGGCUCGUCGGCAUCGGCGAAGAGCGGCGACCAGUCCUACCACGACUGUCAGACGGCUGGAAUUGAUGUGACAACAAGCGUGGAGGUUGAGAGUUACCGACGGCAUAAGGAUACCGUGUUUUAA